AGGAGGAGAGGAGGAGGGGAGGAGGAGGAGGAGGAGGAGGAGGAGGAGGAGGAGGAGAGAGGAGGAGGGAGGGAGGAGGAGGAGGAGGGGAGGGGGGAGGGGGGAGGAGGGGGAGGGGAGGAGGAGGGAGGAGGAGGAGGAGGAGGAGGAGGAGGGAGGAGGAGGAGGAGGAGGAGGAGGAGGAGGAGGAGGAGGAGGAGGAGGAGGAGGGAGGAGGAGGAGGAGGAGGGAGGAGGAGGAGGGGGGGGGGGGGGGGGGGGAGGGGGGGGGAGGGGGGGGGAGGGGGGGGGGGAGGAGGAGGAGGAGGAGGAGGAGGAAGGAGGAGGAGGAGGAGGAGGGGAGGGAGGGAGGAGGAGAGGAGGGGAGGAGGAGGAGGAGGAGGGAAGGAGGGAGGAGGAGGAGGAGGAGGAGGAGGAGGGAGGAGGGAGGAGGGAGGAGGAAGGAGGAGGAGGAGGAGGAGGAGGGAGGAGGAGGAGAGGAGGAGGAAGGAGGAGGAGGAGGAGGAGGAGGAGGGAGGAGGGGAGGGAGGAGGGGAGGAGGAGGAGGAGGAGGAGGGAGGAGGAGAGGGAGGAGGAGGAGGGAGGGAGGAGGAGGAGGAGGGAGGAGAGGAGGAGAGGAGGGAGGAGGAGGAGGGAGGAGGAGGAGGAGGAGGAGGAGGAGGAGAGGAGGAGGAGGGAGGAGGAGGAGGAGGGAGGGAGGGGGGGGGGGGGGGGGGGAGGGAGGAGGAGGGAGGAGGGAGGGAGGAGGAGGAGGGAGGGGAGGAGGAGGAGGAGGAGGAGGGAGGAGGGAGGAGAGGAGGAGGGAGGAGGAGGGGAGGGAGGAGGAGGAGGAGGAGGAGGAGAGGAGGAGGAGGAGGGAGGAGGAGGAGGAGGAGGAGGGAGGAGGGAGGGAGGGAGGAGGAGGAGGAGGAGGAGGAGGGAGGAGGAGGAGGAGGAGGGAGGAGGAGGGAGGCAGCAGAGGGCGAUGGCGAUAGCAGUAGAACCGACGAGCCUCUCAAGCGGGCCAAGGGGGGAUCGCCAUGGGACUGCAGUGACGGCGAGAGUGCGGUGGCAGCGGCGACAGCAGCUGCGACUGAAACGGCACAGAAGGCGGCACCAGAGGUGGCAGCAGCGAACCAGAGGACAGUGCAGGCCAACGUGGCAGCAGCAGGGAUCCUCUCUUCCCUACCCCUCUUCGCACAACCACCCCCCUUCUCCUCCUCAUCCCCUUCCCUCCUGCCCCCUUCUGCUGCUUCCAUGGCAAGCACUUCCUCCUCCGCCCACUUGUCCCCCUCUCCCUCCCCUUCUCCUGCCUUCUCUCUCCCAUCAGUCCUGCUCCCCUACCUCCCCAGUCUCGCCCCAUCUGCCAUUCCCCAGCCUGCCGUCUCCGCCCAUUCCACUCCCUCCUCCCUCUCCUCUGCCCCGGGCUCCGUCCUGUCCUCCUCUCCCUCCUCCUCUUCCGCUUCUCUCAAAACUUCCCUAACAGCCGCCACCUCCGUCCCGCAUGCUGUCACUGCAGGCACAUGCGCACCUGCUUCUUCCGCUCACCCCUCUGUCUACCAGCCAUCGCUUCCUUCCUCAGCCUCCUUACCUUCCUUCCCUCUGCCUGGCAAAGCGCACACACAACGAGAAACAAAGCAGAACGACCAGGAGAACUGGCAGCAGCAGCAGCAGCAGCAGCAGCAGCUAGCAACGGGGAGCACCGCACCCUCGGCAGCACCGGCAGCAUCCUCGGCUGAAUCUGCAGCAGCAGCCGAGCUGGUCAAGGCCCUGCGGUCGCAGGAUGCAGAGGUGGCGCAGCUGUGGGGUGCGGUGAGGGAGAGAGACCACACCAUUCAGGAGCUCGCUGCGCGCCUGGAGGAGGUAGCAGCGGCAGCAGACGCAGCAGCAGACGCAGCCACCUUAGCAAUGAAAGAGCGGGACUCGAUAAAGCAGGCAGCGAGCAAGCUGUGCAGUGACAUGGAGGGGCGGUUCAGUGAGACGGAGAGGCAGAUGGCAGCAGCAGUGGGGGCAAAGGUGGCUGCACAGGAGAGGCUGAGGGGACAGAUGGAAAGGGCCGCUGCAGCAGAGGAGAAGGCGGAGAGGUUGGAGAAGGAGGUGGAGGAGAUGAGGGAGGGGAUGAGGAGGAUGAAAGAAGAGGUCGCUUCUGCGGCUGCUGCUGGUGCCGGUGCUGCUGGUGAUGGUGGUGGUGGGGCUGGUGGUGGUGCAGGGGCAACAGGAGGAGCUGGGAGUGGGUGGAGUGGGGAGGAGGAGGUGAUGAGGGAGAGAGCGAGGACGGAGAGUGAGAGGGAGAGGGCGGAGAAGGAAACAGAGAGAGCAGAGCGGGAGAGGGCGGAGAGGGAGAGAGUGCGUGCGGAGGGGGCAGAGGCAGCGAGGGAGGAUGCGGUGCGAGUGGCGAUGCUGUGGAAAGCUGAAGCAGAGAAAUGGCAGGUGGAGGCUGCAAGGCUGGCACAAACAGCUCACCUGCAGCAUCUGGUGCCACUUAUUGCCCCCUCCCCCUCCCCCUCCCACCCCACGCAACCCUCCGCUCCUCCCUACUCUUUCUUAUCCACGCCGUCCCCAUACUCCACCUCUUCUGAUGUUUCACCGCUCCCUGCUGCUCUUACUGGGGAGCAGCAACUGCAUCAGCAGCAACAGGAAGAGCAGCAGAAACAGGAGCAGCAGCAGCAGCAAUGGAAGCAGCAUCAGCAGCAGCGACAGCCGCAGGAGCAGCAGCAGGAGCAGAACGAUCAGCAGGAACAGCAGCAGCAGCAGCAGCAGCAGCAGCAGGGGGAGCAGGAGGAGGUGGAGGUAGCAGGUGAUCUAGAUAUGGACCCUUUGACGGAGAGGCUCAAGGCGCUACUUUCCUUUACAGCACACGACUCCCCCUCUCCCGUGGAACUCUCGUCCUCCUCACCGCCCUCUGGUGACUCCUCUCUGCCAGUGGAUGCACCCCCCCACCUGGCACAUCCCGCUCUCUCCUAUGCUCCCAAUGCUUGGGACUCCCACUCCUCUCCUGCUCCCAUGGACCCGUCUCAAGUCACCCAGUACAUGCCAUCAAGCUCCCCUUACAUGGGCGACCUGCAGCCGCCCUCUCCCAAUGGCCUCUUCACAGCUCCGAACCCCACAGCAGCAGGUGCAGCUGAAGCCGGGUGUGCAGGUGGGAGCACAGCAGAGGGUGCAGCUGCAGGUGGGCCAUUGUCCUUGUCAUCAGUGUCUGUUGGGGCAGACCACAACGUGGGUGUGCUGGGCCAAGCACAGCCGCCACCACAGCUGCCACAGCAGCUGCCUUCUACAGUGCCAGACAAUUUCGCUGCUGCUGCUACGACUGCCUCUCCCGAUGCCGCUAAUGCGGCUGCUGCUGCGGCUGCCCCUGCUGCUGCCGCUGAUGUGGCUGCUGCUGCCGCUGAUUCUUCCUCUGUUAGCGCUUCUUCGAACAGCAUGGAACUGAAUUCUUUCCCGCUCCCAGUUGCCUCCUCAUUUCCCCCUGAUAUUGCACCAACCCACUACACUUCACACGCGUUUUCCACCAUCAAGCCAGAGGUCCCAGCAGCAGUAACAGCAGACUCGGCAGCGGCAGUUGCAGGCGCAUCAGCGCCAGCUGCAGCAACGCCUGUGCCAGCAGCAGCAUCGGCAGCAACAGCAGCGUCAGGUGCAGCACCAGAACCAGAGGCAGCAGCACUAGCACCAGCAGCAGAAGCAGUAAUUUCAUCCCCACCAGGAGCUGUUGCUUCUAUGGAAGCAGCAGCAGCAGCAGAGGCAAUAUCCAAGCUAACAUGAGCACCAGCAGAGAAGCAGGGUCCUCGAUUGCAGACGAAAUCCAUCUGUUUGUCUGAUUUUCAGAAGUUUUUUUAGGCGUUCAUAUGAUUUUUUAGACAUCCAAUAAUCAAACUUCUGACGCUCUAGAAAAUGUUAUUUAGUUCCUCUGAUUUUCCAGGAACUGUAUGUUGGGCUGACAAUAGCCCUAGGAUCUUUUCAGAAUGCCAAGUCCUUGUAACAGUGUGCUUGAUAGCACAACGGAAGUCUUGAGUUGAACCAGG